AAGAGCUUUCAUAUGUUUCUGACAGUAGUGUUUGUUGUCAGCUGAGCUUUAAUAGAUAAAACAAUCCCAUUCAGAGGCCACCGGGUUUGCAUGGCCUGCUGCGCCAUAAUGCUUGGCACAAACCCUCCAAUGACGGUUCAACACUGAGUGUUUUUUGUCAAUAUUAGCGGGACUACUUGGGAGGAAGUUUAUAAUUGGACACGUGUUUUCCCCGCUUUUUGUCGUUUGGAGAUCAACUGAUUCCUUUGUAAUUCGUUUUUAAAGCAAUGAACGAUCCACAAGGAGGGGUAAAGUGUUCUUAAGAGCUCCCUUUCAGCCUUUAGAAUUGGCCAGAGCAACCCGCCGGGAAACAUGGAGGCCCUGGAAGUAUUUAAUCCAGGAGAUGUGCCCAUGAGGUUGUCACACAGCAGAGAUUCAGACAUGUGCAGGUAGGCAGUUACCAGGUUGUUGAAGAAACCCCGAUCUGCUCUCUGCCUUCAGAGACUGUAUCCAUCAGUCCUGCACAGUUUCAUUUUCCGACCAGAAAAAGAAACAGAACAAUUACAUUUUUAUUUUUAAAUUAUGGAGGACAUACUUUUUGAUUUCGAACAGGAUGGCAACACUGAUUAUGCAUUUUGGGGACAGAUGGACCAAAACUUCCAGCUUCAGACGCAACUGGACACUUUCCUGCUGGACUACACAGCAGCCACAGGCCAGCUCUCGCCCUGGUCCUCCUUGGGCAGUCAGUCCAUGUUCCCGGAGGCACAGCUGACCUUCACCGACCUCGACGUGCAGUCUCCGGGUGCGGGUGUCUGCGCUGAAGGGGAGACCUCCUCCGUGGACGAACCUCUGGAGGUGAGCAAGCGCAGGGCGCGGCGGCUAGUCACCCAUCACCCGUACAAGGUGCAGCGGCAUGCCGCCAACAUCCGGGAGAGGAAGAGGAUGCUGAGCAUCAAUUCCGCCUUCGAGGAGCUGCGCUGCCACGUGCCGACGUUUCCCUACGAGAAGCGGCUGUCGAAGAUAGACACCCUGAGGCUGGCCAUAGCCUACAUCGCCCUGCUCAGAGAGAUCCUCAUGUCGGGCUGCGACCCCAAAUCCUACGUGGAUGAGUGCAUGAAGAAUGGCUACAAGAAUCAAACCAACGCCAUCUGGAACACAAGUGAUCUGACAGCCCGCCUCUCUUGGAUAAAGUGGGAUUAACUGAGGAUCAUGGGGCACCCUGAGUGUGGAGAUCUCAGCGGGGAGGAGGUUCAGGUUUGUUCCUCCCUCUUCUCUCUACAUGUCAAAGACAGGCGGCCGGGCCGGCGUGACAAACCCCGACCGAUCGACAUCUGCAGACUUCUCAGCGGGUCACACACCUCCAGGCUUUCUCAACCCUAUCCACUCCUUUCGUCCUCGGUGGCUUUUAAUAUUCUAAUUUAUUGUUGACUGGUAAUUGAGAGCCAUUGUUUCUGGAGCUAGGGGGGAAGGAGGGUUGGCAGUGUUUGUCCAAAUUGAUGGCACUUGUGAAACAGAGAGAGAGAGGGGCACACUGGCAUGAGACUGAAUGGACUCCAUAAGGGCUCAUACUUCUGCAUGUAGCGCUGAAGUGUUUUCUGGACUCUCGCUCAUUAGUCUGCGAGUCGAUGUGUUAAAAAGAGCCUUGGUGAUGUAAAUGAGACAAUGGGCGUUAGAAGCAGAAUCAGUGCAAUGUGUUUUAGCAUGUCAGGUGCUGUUUCCAAAGAUGGCAAUAAGGCUAAUCUGUUUUAUGUGCAACCUCUAUCAUCUGUUGUGUUAUUUAUUCAUUUAUUUAUUUAUAAUGAUUGCGUAUUUAUGAGAAAAUACUUAUUCAUAUUCGUACAAACUGUGAUUAUUUAUUGUUCUGUAACUCCAUAAGACUGCUGUGUUUAUUUUGAUGUCCUGUACAUUUGAAGCUACUCCAUAUGUGAAAGUGGAUCACAACUUUAAUUUAAAUGUGUUGGUUAACAAUGAUCUCUACUGAAGAUCAUAAAAAGCAACCUAUCCCUCUCCAGUUUGGUUUUAUUUGUGGUAUUCCUUGAUGUCUUUUUGUACUGGGGUCUUAAACCUGUUAUAGAGGUCAGUCAAGCACCAUCAUCUCUCUUUUGGGCUAAGCACAUUGUCCCUGAUUUCUUUUCCUGUUAGCUUUCGAUAACCCUUAAAUUUGGACGGAUAUUUCUGUUCAUACCAGGGGACUAAGUUUAACCAACUUGUUAUUACACCCCAUAAAUGUAGUCAACACUCUAGGACAGUGAGUCCAGGUGCGGCGGAGCUGUGCUCACCAAAUGAUCAGUGUUACAGGUGUCCUUCCUCAGAGUGAGCUUUAUUCCCAGCUUUUAACUAUUCCUGUGCCUAACAGCAUGAUGGAUGGACUUCUAGUGCUAGCUGAGCCAACCCUUAAAACCGCUGUGAAAAAGGACAAGAUUUUCAUGUUUAAGUUGGAAGGUAAUAAAAAAACAGCCUGAUACUAUAUAAUCUUAUAUUUCUAUAUUAAAUGUCAUCAUCUAGUGACAUGGAAUUCCUAUUACUUUGUGGUGGCAUCACUGAAAAAACUACAAUAACAACUGUGACUGGAAUCAUUGUAGCAAUUUGUAAAUGAAUGGAUAGAUAACUAAUACAAAUAGUUUGGGCUGUCAGUGCAAUUAAGAGUAGAUUUAUUUGAUAUGGGAGUAAGGAACUAUGAAGCAUUGAUAUGAAGCAUGACAAGAUUCGACUCGGUUAACAAGUAAAUUUUUAGUUAUUGAUAACUUGUCGGUUAUUGCUGCCUGGCUAAGACAAGAAAGCAGUCUACAGCCUUGUUAGCGCCUCUGAGAGGCUGUGGUAAGGUAUAGCGGUUCUUUAAAGGACUGAUGUUUAGGAUUUAGUGGCAGCUAGUGGAGAAUUUGCAGAUUGCAACUUUGCCUUACCCUCUCCUUUCAAGCAUGUUGGAGAAACUACAGCGGUGUUUUGAGCUACCGUAGACUCACCGCACUCCCUCUGUAGAUAUAAACAACUCAUAUUAAUGUAACAAAAUGCAACAACUCGUACUUUCAGGUGAUUAUGCACUAAUGAAAACAUACCUAUAUUAUAUUCUAUUUCUGCCAAUAGAUCAUCCUAAAUGUUACACACUGGACCUUUAACAUCAGCGAUAGCAGGUUUACAAUGUUCACUAUCUUGUUAGUGUGUUAUCAUGCUAAUGUUUGCUAAUUACUGUUUAUUUAUACUGUUUUUUCUCUAUCCACUUUGCUGUUACAUUGGUAUUUCCCCAUUGUGGGACAAAUAAAGGAAUAUCUAUCUA